UAAAUAAACACUAAAAUGUCAGGGUUGACAUCAGACUUAGAUUUAUACACAAUCAAGUUGAAAAAUGUAACUGAGGUCACUAUGUUUAUAUUGAUGGGCUUCACAGGUGAUUUUGAGGUGCAAAUCUUCCUCUUUUUACUAUUUCUAGCAAUCUACCUUUUUACUCUGGUAGGAAAUUUGGGACUGGUUAUAUUGGUCAUUGAGGAUUCUCGGCUCCACAACCCCAUGUACUACUUUCUGAGCGUAUUGUCUUUCUUGGAUGCCUGCUACUCUUCAGUUGUCACCCCAAAAAUGCUGGUCAAUUUCCUCGCAGAGAAUAAAGCCAUUUCCUAUGUUGGAUGUGCAGCACAGAUGCUUCUCUUUGUUACCUUUGGGACCACAGAAUGCUUUCUCUUGGCUGCAAUGGCAUAUGACCGCUAUGUAGCAAUCUACAACCCUCUCCUGUACUCAGUGAGCAUGUCACCCACAGUCUAUGUGCCACUCAUCGUUGCUUCCUUUGUGGGUGGCAUUUUGCAUGCUUCUGUACACACAGUGGCCACAUUCAGCCUGUCCUUCUGUGCAUCCAAUGAAAUUAGACAUGUCUUUUGCGACAUCCCUCCUCUCCUCGCCAUUUCUUGUUCUGACACUCACACAAACCAGCUCCUGCUCUUCUACUUCGUGGGCUCUAUUGAGAUAGUCACUAUCCUGAUAGUUCUGAUCUCCUAUGGGUUCAUUCUGUUGGCCAUUCUGAAGAUUCAUUCUGCUGAAGGGAGGCGGAAAGUCUUUUCGACAUGUGGCUCUCAUCUAACUGGAGUGUCAGUAUAUCAUGGAACCAUCCUUUUCAUGUAUGUGAAACCGAGUUCCAGCUAUGCUCUGGAUCAUGACAUGAUAGUCUCCACAUUUUACACGAUUGUGAUUCCCAUGCUGAAUCCCAUCAUCUACAGUUUAAGGAACAAAGAUGUAAAAGAGGCGAUGAAAAAAUUACUUGGUAAAAAUGGGUACUUUUCAAAUUGGCCACUAAAUUAA